CCGCAGCAGCAGCCAGCGGCUGCUCACCGCCCCGGCCCGCCGCCAUGUCCAAGCGCCACCGCCUCGAUUUGGGGGACGAUUACAGCUCCAGCAAGAAACGCAGCACCGAUGGGAAAGAUCGUGACCGGGACAGGGAUCGUGAUGACCGUUCUAAAGAUCGUGACAGGGAUCGUGACAGAGAUAGAGAUCGUGACAGAGAAAGGGACAAGGAAAAAGAUCUGCGCUCUACAUCUAACUCCACAUAUUAUGGGUCUGCUGGGUUACAAGCUAUAAAACCAGCAAUGAUUCCACACAGCAUUAAUCCUUUCACAAAUCUACCACAUACACCACGGUAUUAUGACAUCCUGAAAAAAAGGCUACAGCUUCCUGUCUGGGAAUAUAAAGAAAGAUUUACGGAUAUUUUGGUUAGGCAUCAAUCAUUUGUACUGGUUGGAGAGACUGGGUCUGGUAAAACAACACAGAUCCCUCAAUGGUGUGUUGACUACAUGCGCUCAUUACCUGGACCAAAGAGAGGAGUAGCUUGUACCCAGCCUAGGAGAGUAGCUGCAAUGAGUGUGGCACAGCGAGUUGCUGAUGAGAUGGAUGUUAUGCUGGGCCAGGAGGUUGGUUACUCAAUUCGAUUUGAAGACUGCAGUAGUGCAAAAACCAUUUUGAAGUAUAUGACUGAUGGUAUGUUACUUCGUGAAGCAAUGAAUGAUCCCUUGCUGGAGCGCUAUGGGGUUAUAAUUCUUGACGAGGCCCAUGAGAGAACACUGGCUACUGACAUUUUGAUGGGUGUUCUAAAGGAAGUUGUAAGACAGAGAUCUGAUUUGAAGGUUAUAGUUAUGAGUGCUACUUUAGAUGCUGGCAAGUUUCAGAUCUAUUUUGAUAACUGUCCUCUUCUAACUAUUCCGGGUCGCACUCAUCCUGUGGAGAUAUUUUAUACUCCAGAACCAGAAAGGGACUACCUGGAGGCUGCCAUUCGAACAGUGAUCCAAAUUCACAUGUGUGAAGAGGAGGAAGGCGAUCUCUUACUCUUUCUUACUGGACAGGAGGAGAUUGAUGAAGCCUGCAAGAGGAUAAAACGUGAAAUUGAUGAUUUAGGCCCUGAAGUUGGUGACAUCAAAAUCAUUCCAUUGUAUUCCACCCUUCCUCCACAGCAGCAGCAAAGGAUUUUUGAACCUCCCCCACCCAAAAAACAAAAUGGAGCAAUAGGAAGAAAGGUGGUUGUGUCCACUAACAUUGCUGAGACAUCAUUAACAAUAGAUGGUGUUGUGUUUGUGAUUGAUCCUGGCUUUGCAAAACAGAAGGUGUACAAUCCUCGUAUCAGAGUGGAGUCUCUCCUAGUGACUGCCAUUAGUAAAGCUUCUGCACAGCAGCGAGCUGGCCGUGCUGGUCGUACUAGACCAGGCAAAUGCUUCAGGCUGUAUACAGAGAAGGCUUACAAAACUGAAAUGCAGGACAACACAUACCCUGAAAUUUUGAGGUCUAACUUAGGAUCUGUAGUAUUGCAGCUUAAGAAGCUUGGUAUAGAUGAUUUGGUGCAUUUCGAUUUUAUGGAUCCUCCAGCUCCUGAAACUCUGAUGCGAGCGUUAGAGCUUUUGAAUUACCUGGCUGCGUUAAAUGAUGAUGGAGACUUGACUGAGUUGGGAUCUAUGAUGGCUGAAUUUCCAUUGGACCCACAGCUGGCUAAAAUGGUUAUUGCAAGUUGUGACUACAACUGCUCUAAUGAGGUCCUAUCAAUUACUGCCAUGUUGUCAGUCCCACAGUGUUUUGUUCGCCCCACGGAAGCAAAGAAAGCAGCAGAUGAAGCCAAGAUGAGGUUUGCCCACAUAGAUGGAGAUCAUUUGACGUUGCUGAAUGUCUACCAUGCUUUCAAACAAAAUCAUGAGUCGGUUCAGUGGUGUUAUGACAACUUCAUUAACUACAGGUCCCUGAUGUCUGCAGACAAUGUACGCCAACAGCUGUCACGAAUCAUGGACAGAUUUAAUUUGCCUCGUAGAAGCACAGACUUCACCAGUCGAGACUAUUACAUCAACAUAAGAAAGGCAUUAGUUACUGGCUAUUUCAUGCAGGUGGCACAUUUGGAACGAACAGGGCAUUACUUAACAGUAAAAGAUAACCAGGUGGUGCAGUUACAUCCCUCCACUGUUCUUGACCAUAAACCAGAAUGGGUGCUCUAUAAUGAGUUUGUCCUUACAACAAAGAAUUACAUCCGGACAUGUACAGACAUCAAGCCAGAAUGGCUGGUGAAAAUUGCCCCUCAAUAUUAUGACAUGAGCAACUUCCCACAGUGCGAAGCAAAGAGACAGUUGGAUCGGAUCAUUGCCAAACUGCAGUCCAAGGAAUACUCACAGUACUGAAUUUGUGCGUUGAACUGAAGUUAUUCAGAGGACAGCUUUAAGAGAUGAAAGGAUUCAAAGUUCAAGUUGUGCUCUUCACUUUGGUUCAAUAAUGGCCUUUAUUUUGAAAGCUUUUUAAUUUUUCUUUACAGUAAAUAUUCCAUUCUGAUUUCAUAAAUUAAACAUUUAUGCCUCCCUUUUGUGUUGACACUGUAGCUCAUACUGGAAAAGCUGAUCAAUGUUUUGCAGUUUAUUGAAAGUAGUUCUAUAUAUAACAAUGUUAUAAGCAUUUCUUUAGAAAUGGUUGAAAAUGCUUCUAAAAAAAUGUGAUUAUCGACCAUGGUAUGCAUGAUCGUUGUAAUUGUUGACAUUCCUUUUAGAAGUUGUGAAAUGUUACAACUUGUGCUUCUGUAGACACAAUCUUUGGCUUCAGUACAGAGGUACUGACUUCAAUAAAGUCUAUUUAUACUAA